AGAGAAGCGAAUUCCGUACUUGGUAAUCUACUGGAAAUAUUAUCAAAGAGAAGCUGAACUGACCCGUAGUAUCCCGAUUCUUGCGGAUUUCUGAAGGCGUUCUUCGCAAGAUCAAAGAUUGCCUUUAAACGUUUGACUCAACUCGAAAACCAUCGAAAACACUGUCUUUCACCUCCUGCGAAAUAGAAAAAAAUCCAACAUGACAGUUUCAAGAUAUCUCGUGGUUAUUGGCGGCAGUUAUGUGGGUGUCAAUGUUGCUCAGCAACUCGCAACCAAGUUCCAUAGCAGCUUCAAAGUUCUAUUAAUCGAGAAGAACUCUCAUUUCCAACAUUUGUUUGCAUUUCCUCGGUUCGCUGUUACCAAUGCAGUGGAAACGCCUCGAGCUUUCAUUCCCUACGUUCCUGGCACCUUUGCAGCUUGCCCUCCAGGGUCAGGUACAGUGGUUCAAGCCCGAGUCACAGGUCUGGACCGAUCUACUGUGAAGCUCGACAGAAAAGUCGCACUGGAUGGUCAACGGCUGGAGAGCAUUCCUUAUUCGUUCCUAGUCAUUGCAACAGGGACUAAGCUCACUCCACCAUUCAGCUUACCAGGAUCAGAAAAGCUCGAUGGAGUGACUUAUUUGAAGAAGCAUGCGGAAAAGGUCAUCAGAAGUUCAAAGAUUGUUGUCAUCGGCGGUGGUGCAGUGGGUGUUCAGGCAGCUACUGACAUAAAAGAACUCUACCCAGAGAAGUCUGUUACCCUAGUACACUCCAGGAAAACUGUGAUGAACAGGUUUCACACAAAACUUCAUGACAUUAUCGAAGAGAGAUGCAACGAGCUAGGGAUUGAGUUGAAGCUGGGAUCAAGAGUGAAGCUUCCACACGAAGGGUACCCGACAGAUGGGAGUAUCUUCAAUGUUGAGUUGGAAGACGGGACAGCUAUCCCUGCAGACUUCGCUCUCAUCUGUAUUGGUCAAGUGCCACAAUCGAGUCUCCUUCGAGAUCUUUCACCCGAGUCACUUGACGCUGGCGGCUACAUCCGAGUUCUCAAGACCUUACAGAUCAACAACCCAGACUAUCCUAAUGUCUUUGCUGUUGGAGAUGUCGCAGACACAGGGGCUCACAAAGCUGCUAGACCUGGGGGAAAACAAGCUGCUAUUGUGGCGAACAAUAUUGAGCAUAUAUUGAACGAGCAGCCCCUGGAGGACUACGAAGUCACAGACAGCCCCGCAAUUCAUAUGAGCCUCGGCAUUGAAAAGAACGUCGUUUUUGGAAAUCCCGCGCCAGGCUCGGCCGAGCCAAUGAUCAAACCUAGGACCGACGGAACUUUAGACAUGAAUAUCAAUGGAGUCUGGACUCGAAGAGGUGGUGGUGCUGAUGCUCUUCUGUAGAAUUUAUUGUUCCAACGCUAGACAUAUCUGAAUGAAACUCUAGACAUGAG